AAGCAUAGAGCGUACUGAACAGGCUUUUGUGAAAACAGAACUGUAGGCGUUGGUUCUUCAAAUGAUACUUUAUUUGGGGGUUCCUUAAACCUUACACCUCCCUUCCAAACCCCCAACCCCAGGCGGGAAAAAAGAAAGUUGGAAGGGAAAGGGGACGUAGCCCUCUUUAGGUCUUCCUGCUGGGUAAGGUAGGAUUCUUUGGGGGCAAUAGCAAUGUCUGUCUUCAGGACAUCCAGAAGUCCAGGUAACCAGCAAGCCAGCAAGCCAGCCAGCCAGCCAGCCAGCACAGCAAGCAGUCCUUCACCUCCUCCAAGCCACCACAUUUUCUUCCUCUGGGCUAUCAUAUUUAUGCCCCUCAAAGUUCUCAGAAUUCAACUAAUUUCAGCUGGCAAAGACCAGGCCCCUGCACUGAGCAAUAGUGAGCUGUGAACAAACGAAAAUCCCACACUUGGGAUUAUAACCAAAACAUGCUGAUAUACCAUAAACCAAAACGGCCACAACCGAGAACCUCAUAUCAUUUGUGGGAUCUUUAAGGAAAAUAAAACAACGAACACAAAGUUGACUACAGGGCCUCGGAAGGAGCCUGGACAACUGAGAGGUCCUUUGAGUUUUUAGCUCCAUGUUAAGGCUGCCACUAAGCCUUAACAUGGCUGGCUGAGGGAAAUCAGGGAGAAGGGAUGCUCACGUAGCUCUGUCAAACAGAGUAAAGCUGGUGCAGGGAGACUGGUAUAGGCAGGAGCUGAGGACAGGGAGGUUGGGGCUGAAUAAACACCAGGAUGAUGUGUAUGGAAAGGAAUUAAAGGGAUAGGAAAUGGGGGCUGGAGAGACAGCUCAGAGGUUAAGAGCACUGGCUCUUCUUCCAAAGGUCCUGAGUUCAAUUUCCAGCAACCACGUGGUGGCUCAUAACCAACUAUGAUGAGAUCUGGUGCCCUCUUCUGGCCUGCAGGCAAACAUGCAGGCAGAAUACUGUAUAAAAAAUUAAUUAAAAAAGGGGGGGUAGGAAAUGGGGCCAAUUAAACUUUGGCUUUUACAGCCAUUGACCGUGGGGUUUGUAGCAGCCAUUGGAACCCUGCCAGCUCCGUGGAGGAUCCAUGAUGGCAGUACCCAGGAGUGCUGGAGAAGAAAAGAGGGUAUCAUGGCUCUUCAAAAAGUUCUGGACACCUUUAAUCCCAGCACUUGGGGAGGCAGAGGCAGGGGGAUCUCUGCAAGUUUGAGGCCAGCCUGGUCUACAAAGAUUCUGAUGGCAGAGGAGGAGGAGGUAGGGAGAGCCUUGGAGCUCCAGGGACUGCCCCCUGAAGUGCCAGAUGAGUUGCUUACCCUCUACUUUGAGAACUACCGUCGCUCUGGUGGAGGACCUCUGUUGAGCUGGCAGAGAUUUGGCUGUGGGGGUAUCCUUGUCUUUCAAGAUCCUGCAGAUGCAAGGAGGGUCUUAAUCCGAGCGGAGCACCAACUACAUGGUGCCCGGUUGAGCCUGAAGCCAGCCCCGCCACGUGCCCCUGAACGUGUGCUUCUGCAUCGACUGCCACCUGACACUUCACCUCAGAGCCUGGAGCAAUACGUUCAGGCCCUGCUGUGCGCUGCGGGGCACCCCGUGCAGGCUUGCCAUGUCCUGGCCAGUCCUCGGCAGGACUGUGCUCUGGUCCAGUUAUCCAUGCCCCUUUCUGAGGCAGAGGUCUCUGCCCUGGAGGAGCAAACCCGGAAUCUGCCCCUGAAUGGGACCACAGUAUCCUUGGCCUGGGUGCCCCAGACCCGAGCAGUACGUGUGGUGGACGGCGCUGCCCCGGUGGACACGUUGCUGUUGGAGCUCUACCUGGAAAACGAGCGUCGCAGUGGCGGGGGCCCCUUGGAGGGUCUGCGCAGCCUGCCUAAGCAACUGGGCACUGUUAUCCUCUUUCAGCAAUGGCAGGUGGCUGAACGCGUGCUGAAGCGGAAACACUGGCUACAGGGCUCUGAGUUGAGCCUGGUCCCCCACUAUGACGUCUUAGAGCCAGAGGAGCUUGCUGAGGGCAUCAGUGGAGGAGAUCACCCAACCUUGCAGCAAUCUGGAGUCAUCCAGCAUGCUCUUACAGGGGCAAGAGGGCUGCCAGGGGCCCUGCCUAUGACUGUGGGCUCUGGGGGGACACCAGGACAAUUAGGAACCCCACUAAAGACAGGUCUUGAAGGAGCUCCAGGACAAGCCAUGCCAAUCGACUCAGGGCCUGUGAAGUCUCUGGGCCAAGAGGAGCCUAUAAACCUAGGAACUACGGUAUCUCCAGAGCAGGCUGGUUUCAUGAACCAGGAGAUUAUGGGGUCCGCAAGCCCAGUGGGUCCAGUAGAAAGCUUUACAGGACUCCCAGGUCAAGUAGGACCUAUGAUCUCAGACACAGAGGGAGUUGAGGGGCAGGAAAGCCUGGCGGAAGUUGGCACAAGCUCACCAGAGCAGGAGGGGCUGUUGGGUUUAGUGGGAAUGGCCAUGGAGUCUCCAGAACCAGGGCUGGAGAGCCCGGGAUAUGGGGAGCUGCAGAGGCAAGAGAGCUUGGUGGAGAUGGUGAUGUCAAUGGACCCAGGGGCCAUGCGUUUCCUGCAGCUUUAUCAAGAGGACCUCCUUGCCAGCCUGGAAGAUGUGGCCCUCUUCCCACUUGAAGGAGUGGACGUGACUGGCUUUCGGCUUUAUGGGGCCAGGACCCCAUGCCAGGCAGCUCAAGAGUUGCUGCAGAGUCUGCUGUGUAGCAUUAGCUGCCACGUGCUGAGCAUGAAGCACCCAGGCAGUGCCAGGUUCCUGCUGGGUAUGGAGGGGCAGCGACUUCUUCACAGGCUGGAGGCUCAGUUCCAGUGUGUCUUUGGGACAGAACGUCUGGCCAGUGCCACCCUGGACAUAAUAGACCCUGAAAGGACGGAUCCCACUGAGGCCCUCCAAGUCCUCCAUGACCACAGGACAGGCAGUGAUCAGGAGAACAUGAAACUGGAGGAAGUUCAAGAGCUGCUGGCUACCUUGGAGGGCCUACCUGGGGAGGACAGGCUGCCUCUGGAGAUGGGGACAGAGAGACCUGGAGAGCAGUCAGAAGAGACCACCCUACAGCAGGAGGUGGAAAACCCCACACUUGAAGCUUGGGAGGAGACUGUGGCCUCAAACACAGGGCUAGAAGAGGAGGCUACGCUGCAGCUAGCUAUCCACCGAUCCUUGGAGUCUCAAAGCCAGGUGGCUGAUGAGCGAGAGGCCACUGCACUAAGGCAAGCCCUGGCCCUCUCCCUAUUAGAAGCAGAAGAGCCCCUGGGUGAUGACACUGGGGGCAAGGCCCAGUUGGUAGUGCACACAUCCUUUGAGCAGGAUAUGGAUGAACUGAACCGGGCCUUAUCCUGCGCCUUGGAGGAACACCUUCAGGAGGAGACAGUGAAUCUCCAAGGCUGUGUGCUGCCCUCAGAGCUUGGGGCACGCCUGGAGAGGUGUUAUGAUGUGAGUGCUACCCUAUGCGGUGACCGAAUUGUCCUCCGUGGCUUUGGGGUCCAGCCUGCCCGUGCAGCUCGCCACUUAGCUGCUCUCCUUGGCCCCUGGGACCAGAAUUUGACCUUUCCCUUGGAGGCCUCAGAAAACAACCUGUCAGAGCAGGGGCUAAAAGAUCCCUUGGGCAGGCUGGAGGCCCUGGAAGAGAAUUCUAAGGAGUUCCAGGAUGUGGUGCAGGCCUUUUAUGACACCCUGGAUGCUGCCCACAGCAGGAUCAGCAUUGUUCGAGUGGAGCGUGUGUCACACCCGCUGCUGCAGCAACAGUAUAAGCUGCACCGGGAGCGCCUGAUGCAGCGCUGCCAGCAACGCCCGGUGGAACAAGUCCUCUACCACGGCACGUCGGAAUCCGCCGUGCUCGACAUCUGUGUGCACGGCUUCAACCGCAGCUUCUGUGGCCGAAACGGCACCCUCUACGGACAGGGCGUGUACUUCGCCAAGCGUGCCUCCCUGUCGGUACUGGAUCGCUACUCGCCUCCCAACGCAGAAGGCCACAAGGCAGUGUUUGUGGCACGGGUGCUGACCGGCGACUAUGGACAGGGCUCCCGAGGUCUGAAGGCGCCUCCUUUGAGGGCCUCUGGCCAGGUCCUUCGCUACGACAGCACGGUGGACUGCCUCCUCCAGCCCAAAAUCUUUGUCAUCUUUCACGACACCCAAGCUCUGCCCACUCAUCUAAUCACCUGCAAGAACAUACCCCGGGGUACCCCCUGGUGAGACCCCCUUGGUCUCUUCCAUCUCUUUCCUGGACAUUGGGCCUGAGAGGCCAGCUUGUUUCCCUGCUCCACAAAGUUUCUAAGCGUUAGAGCUGCCCCCGGGGGCGCUCUUGUCUCUGACUGGAAAGCCAGGACGACUGUGGACUGGGGAGGGCCAGACCUAAUCGGUUCCCUGGCCUGCUCCACCGCCAGGGGUCAGCAGAACACGGCAGGAGGGCGCGUUGCCAGGCACACCCGCGGUGGUUGGACCGCGCCCUAACGCGGCUUCUGUCUUUGAAUAAACCUGUACUUGGAACCAGUUA